GAAGCAAAUUAACGUCAUUCAUGAAUACAUCCAGUCCAAAAUAAGACUUUCUUCAAGGAUUUUCUGUGCUUAUCCUAAUGCUUUUCAAUAAUAAAAUAAAUUUUGAAAAUCAUUCUUUCAAAGAGAUUGCAUUCUAGAUUACAUGGCUAUCAUCGACAUUCAAAUUUAGUGCAAUUUCCUAUCUUUAGUUAUGUUCGCAUCAUCAUGAGAAGAGAAAAGAAACGAGGACACAAAACCGGAAGAAAGAUCGCUGUUUUGGGAUAGGAGCAGGGCUUCAAAGCCGCUAACAAGAAGCUUGUGCCAUGAUCGUGCUAAGAUCCGUGUAUGUACGGUUUCUGACCAUCAUCGUUCUGACGUCGAUUGGUGUGAUUCUCAUGAUAUCCAGUCUCCCGGUAACAUCAGAUACAUGCAGGUGCGAAUCAGAUCGAGAUACUCGGCAUGAAAAGUUACAUGAAAGUUUCGCGGGAUCUCCAGUAACGAAAAAACCUAAAUUGGCAGUAUUGGUGCCUUUUCGGGACAGAUUUGACGAACUGUUGCGAUUCGCCCCACACCUUUCUGUUUUCCUGAAACGUCAGAAUGUCCCGUUUGAUAUUUUUGUUUUGAAUCAAAACGAUCGAUACCGGUUUAACCGGGCUUCGCUAAUCAACGUUGGAUUCUUGGAGGUCAAACUGACUCACGAUUACAUUGCAAUGCAUGAUGUAGAUCUACUACCUACGAACGAUAAUUUAAAGUACGAUUAUCCUGCCAAUGGUCCGUUGCACAUUUCCAGCCCAGAGUUCCAUCCAAAAUAUCACUACGCCACGUUUAUUGGAGGAAUUCUUUUGUUGCGGAUCGACCAUUACCAAAAACUCAACGGAAUGUCCAACAAGUACUGGGGAUGGGGUUUGGAAGACGACGAAUUCUAUGUUCGCAUCAAAGAAGCUGGACUGCAGGUUUACCGUCCUCCAAACAUAACAACCGGACCAGAUAAUACUUUUCUUCACAUACACGAUCGGCUGCAUCGGCGUCGAGAUACUACCAAAUGUUUCAAUCAGCGAGAAGUAACCCGCAAACGAGACCGCGAGACAGGACUAAACUCUUUACGAUAUAGCAUUGACAGCCGUAAACAGUUGACUAUUGAAGGUGUUCCGUUGACUGUUUUAAACAUUAACUUAGAGUGUGAUAAAUCAGUGACGCCAUGGUGUGAAUGUGAUACCAAAACCGAAUCGAAAAGCCAUUCAACGUGGAGCAAAAAAUCUGUUUGAAACACCCCGAUGGAUUUCUUUUAGUCGCUAUCACGAUAAGAACAAUAAAUUACUUAUAUCAACUGUAGUUUUAUUUAGUCUAAAAUCACACGUAUUGUU